UGUGUGACGUCAGUCCGCCUCGGUUAGGACGAUGGUUCGAAAGCUGGAAUCAGGUGGCGAUACUUAGGUAAUGAACAAGUGAUACAAAGUUGUCAAGUGCACUGGUGGUACAGUGAUUGAUGCCUGUAUUAGCCAAUGUCAAUCUGUGUGAGUCCAUCAAACAGAAACCACUUGCUGGUAUGACUGCAAGUCUGGAAUAUGGAAUUAAAUAAAUAAAUAAGUGCAAUGGGAAACAACCGUUCAAGAGCUGUAUCAUGAUGAUUCCAUAUUCUUAUUGGAAAACCCUGGUCUGAACUGCUGUACUCUUUUCCUUCUACUGCCAGAAGCAUUGUUUGUAAGAAGAAUCGAUGGAGGAAGAAAUGAAAAGUUUGCCACUCGAGAAUGCAUCAAUUUUAUCAGAGGGUUCCUUGCAAGAUGGUCAUAGACUAUGGAUUGGCAACCUUGAUCCGAAAAUAACAGAGUUCCAUCUUUUAAAGCUACUUCAGAAAUUUGGCAAUGUGAAACAGUUUGAUUUCUUGUUUCACAAGUCUGGGCCUCUGGAAGGACAGCCACGGGGAUACUGUUUUGUGAAUUUUGAGACAAAGGUGGAAGCAGAGAGAGCAAUUCAAUGUCUCAAUGGGAAGAUGGCGCUAUCCAAGAAACUUGUGGUCAGAUGGGCACAUGCGCAAAUUAAGAGGUUUGAUAAUUACAAAAAUGAAAAGGUUUUACCUAUCAGUCUUGAACCAUCUUCAAGCACUGAACCAACUCAAUCAAACUUGAGUGUCAAUGCAAAGAUUAAAGCUAUUGAAGCUAAACUCAAAAUGAUGGCAGAUAAUCCAGAUCCAGACCUGCCUGGGAAGUCAUCUUAUUCUUAUUUCAAGGCUACUGAGAAGAAAAAGAGCACACCCUACUCCAGAACAUCAUGGAAAUCUAAAAGAUGACAUGUUCGCUGUUGUUUCAGGCUAAUGUACAGUUCAGACUCUGGGGUUAUACUCUCCCGCAGUAUAUAGUGCAAGCUUUUUCUGUCCAUAAUCUUGAAUUACAUGCAUUAUAAAACACAGUCCCUAUUUUUCCAAAGAUCUUUUGGCGUAUUAUUUAUUAUUUACAACUAACUUGACUUUUAACUUGCUCAGAAAGCAGUUCAUUUUUGUUCUUCAAUCCACUGUACUACUUCACAUGAAGUUUUAAAAUGUAAUAUUCAAAUUAAAAUCGUUCAACAUCCUGGCAUUGAAAGAAAAGAAAGCGUACUUUAUAAAGUAUUGUAGAGUUCAUUAAUGUUUGUAAAUUGUUUUAAUCUGAGGCCGUGUAUGUUAGCAUAGGUUUCUUACUUGGGGAAAAAAAUUGAUUUUCAAAAUGAUGAAACGUUAUUUAUAUUUCAUAUGUGCCCUAUUUAUAUUUGUUUUCCUCUUUGAAUUAAAUUUACUUUGUAACAGCCAUUAAAUGUUUACUAAUGAUGUGCUAAUGCACAAUUUGUUUUUCAAGUGGUUGACUUAUUUCUUUUACACUUUCAUGUAGACUCAUUAAGUAAUUCACAAACGAUUUAAUGUGCACUAAAAAUGCAGAUAAUAAAC